UGGCGAUAAGACAGCAAAACAGGUUGCUCCGCCGUCCUACCCUUCUUAUCCGUGUUUACCGUCUGAUUUUACGGGCAAAAGGUGAUGGACAUAAGGUCUAUGUUCGGGGGCCGUUCGACCGAAGGCUACACGGGUGGCCAUGUGCACGCUGAAACUUUGUCCGAAGACGAUGAUGAUGAGAUGUGUUCCCGCCUGAUUCGACAGAGGAGGGGCUCUGGGGGUUUCACACCGUCCCCCGGGGGCCCGUUCUCUGCUCUCUGCCCCUCCAUGUGGCCCCAAGACAUACUGGCUAAUCUUGCGCAGACUGAGGACUCUGGGGCUCAGAUGGACUACAGAUAUGAUGAGUUUGGUUUCAGGAUCGAUGAAGAAGAUGGUGCAGAGGCAGACUCCAGCAAGCUUCUUAGUCAGCCGUUUCUUGAAGACACCCAGCAUCGCCUGAAAUGGACCGCCUACUUUGAGUUUGCUCACAACCAAGAUGUUGGCAAUCUAACCUGGGAUAAGCUUGAAAGCCGACUUCCCCACACAGAGAAACUUCGCCACCUUGUUCGGGAAGGAAUUCCCCACAGUCUACGCCCAAACAUUUGGAUGAGACUAUCUGGGGCUCAACAGAAGAAAGAAAACAGCGAGACAACGUACAAGGAGAUAAUUAAAACCAGUGCCAAUGAUCACUCUCUGACUGCCAAACAGAUUGAAAAGGAUCUUCUGAGGACGAUGCCCAGCAAUGCUUGUUUCUCAACGAGUAAAAGCACAGGUGUGUCUCGUUUGAGACGUGUUCUGAGAGGGAUUGCCUGGCUGUAUCCUGACAUCGGUUACUGCCAAGGAACAGGAAUGAUUGCAUCGUCUCUGAUGUUGUUCAUGGAGGAGGAAGAUGCCUUCUGGAUGAUGUGUACCAUCAUAGAGGAGCUAGUCCCAGCCUCUUACUACUCCAGCACCCUCUUAGGAGUGCAGGCUGACCAGCGGGUCCUUCGUCAGCUGAUGGUCAGCUUCCUACCAGAAUUGGAUCAACAGCUGAAAAGCCAUGACAUAGAGCUGUCCUUGAUCACCCUUCACUGGUUCCUGACAGUCUUCUCCAGUGUAGUCCACGUCAGAGUCUUACUAAGAAUCUGGGAUCUGUUUUUCUACGAGGGCUCCGUCGUUCUCUUCCAAGUCACCCUUGCCAUGUUCAAACUUAAAGAGGAAGAAUUGUUGAAGCUAGAGAAUUCUGCUCAGAUCUUCAACGCACUGUCUGAUCUUCCUGGCGGAAUAGAUGAAGUGGACAAGCUUAUUGAGCAGCAAACAGAAGCUGUAUCAGUUGCCUUACCGUGGUGUACACACACAUUUUGUCUUCUGUGCGGGGUCGGGAUGAAACAUUCGGCAUCUUUAACUGACAUCAUUGUCGACACCCACCGACGUAAGCACUUGGCUUACCUAAUGGCCGAGCAGGGGGCCAUUGUUAAUCCAGAAAAUACAGGAAAUCUACCAAAGCAGCAUAUUCACAAAAGACAGCUUCACAGGAAAAAGUCAUUCAUGGGAAGCCUAUUUGGGCUGAAUGAGAGUGAUGAUCUGAAAGCCAAGAAUAUUCGACAGACGGAGCUGGUCUCUGAUCUCAGAGAGUCCAUCCUGCAGAUCGGACGACACUUCCAAUCCAUUGAUCCAAAGAAUGCUAAAAUACCUCUGAUUCCUGAUUACUCCUUGGAGAGCCACCAGAAGGACCAUGAACAGUUCGUUGAUGUGACAAGAAACAGAAGGAGGAGGGCCAAAGCGCUGCUGGACUUUGAGAGACACGACGACGAUGAACUUGGCUUCCGCAAAAAUGACAUCAUCACUAUCAUUUCACAGAAGGAUGAACAUUGCUGGGUGGGUGAGCUCAAUGGACUCAGAGGUUGGUUUCCAGCUAAGUUUGUUGAGCUUUUAGACGAGAGAAGCAAACAGUACACAAGUGCUGGAGAUGACACAGUUACAGAAACCAUCACAGAUUUAGUCAGGGGAACGCUGUGUCCGACAUUAAAGGGUAUAUUUGAGCAUGGUUUGAAGCAGCCUUCCAUCCUGGGAGGGCCAUGUCAUCCCUGGCUGUUUCUUGAAGAGGCAAGCUGCAAAGAAGUAGAGAAGGAUUUUGAGUCUGUCUACUCAAGAUUGGUCCUGUGCAAGACCUACAGACUGGAUGAAGAUGGCAAAGUAUUAACCCCUGAGGAACUCCUGUAUAGAUCCGUCCAAUCGGUCAAUCUGACCCACGACACUGCUCAUGCCCAGAUGGACGUCAAGCUACGCUCUCUCAUCUGCCAGGGUUUGAAUGAGCAAGUGCUUCACCUUUGGCUGGAGUGUCUGUGUUCCUGCGAGGGCAUCAUUGAGAAGUGGUAUCACCCUUGGUCCUUCCUGCGCAGCCCCGGCUGGGUACAGAUCAAGUGCGAGCUCCGUGUCCUGUCUAGAUUUGCUUUCAACCUGUCCCAGGAUUGGGAGAUUCCGAUUGCCAAGGCCAGUAAACCACGAAUUGGGAGACCUACCACCUUGAAAGAUAGCGUCCAAGACAUGCUCAUCAAGCACCACCUCUUCAGCUGGGACCUCUGACGACUUACAACCGCGAGUCUGUAGUCAAUCCUACAGCAGUGAACCAUGCUGCAGUAAACCCUACAGCAGUAAACCCUGCUGUAGUAAACCCUACAGCUGUAAACCCUACAGCUGUAAACCCUGCUGUAGUAAACCCUGCUGCAGUAAACCCUACAGCUGUAAACCCUACAGCAGUAAACCCUGCUGCAGUAGACCCUGCUACAGUGAACCCUGCUAUAGUAAACCCUACAGUAGUGAAGUAAACCCUACAGUAGUGAACCCUGUUGUAGUAAACCUGCAGCAGUGAACCCUGCUGUAGUUAGCCAUACAUGUACAACAGUAAACCCUGCUGCAGGUAACCCUACAGCAGUAAACCCUGCUGCAGUAAACCCUGCUGCAGUAGACCCUGCUACAGUGAACCCUGCUAUAGUAAACCCUACAGUAGUGAAGUAAACCCUACAGUAGUGAACCCUGUUGUAGUAAACCUGCAGCAGUGAACCCUGCUGUAGUUAGCCAUACAUGUACAACAGUAAACCCUGCUGCAGUAAACCCUACAACAGUAAACCCUGCUGCAGUAAACCCUACAACAGUAAACCCUGCUGCAGUAAACCCUACAACAGUAAACCCUGCUGCGGUAAACCCUACAGCAGUAAACCCUACAGCAGUAAACCCUGCUGCGGUAAACCCUACACCAGUAAACCCUGCUGUAGUAAACCCUACUAUGAGGUCAACAAUCCACAAGGUCAUUGAAGUGAGGCAUUGUUUCGUCUGCAUGAAUUUAUAAAUAAUUGUAUCAUAUUUGAGCGUUCAUUUAAUGUUGGACUUGAACAAGCUUCCAGUUUUCCUUUUGAGCAAAUCUCUCACUGCCUUUGAGUUUGAACCUGGAGGAAUAUGACCCUUGAGAUUUGGAAUGGUUUGUGUUCAUGAACAAAUAGCAGUGCAUUCUGAGCAAUAUGACUGCCCCUUAUUGUAGUGUUUAACUAAGGAAUUAUUGCAAGGGGAUAAUUUUUUCAAAGGCCAUGAUACAAGCAACUUGGAGGCAACCAACUGCACUGCAUGCACAAGGAGCACUUCGGCAGAUACAUUCUUGAUACAUUCUUGAUAGCUGUAACUCAGUAUCACCAGGAAAACAAUAUGAAAACUGAAAUGUGAAAUGAAUUUUUAAAGUAGGAUUUGAAACUCUGAUGGUGGAAGUAAAAACUAAGAGAGGUUUGCGGUAACACCAUGUGAAAUAGUAUUAGAACAUGUGGUUAAAUUGAAUGAAUUUUCUUCUUAGUGAUUGCCUGGAACUGGCUGCCUGCAAACUGCCCCAUGUAAACUGGUCUUUACUCAGAAACCAAUGCUGUACUUUGGUUAUCAGUUAAAACAGUUGGUUCUGGCCAUAGAGUUAUAUAUAAGAACUAGAGGGCGCACUGGCCUUGACGCGGCCCCGGCAUGCGCGCAUGGGGCCAUUU